AUGGAUGUGACUGACUUUCAAAAUUCCACUGCACGUGGAAAUACAUCAGUUAUCCAGACCCUUCCCUACAAUCUUUGGGAAAUUAUAACCAUCACAACUGUGUCAGCCCUUGUAAGCCUAAUCACAAUAGUGGGGAACAUACUAGUAAUGCUCUCUUUCAAGGUUAACAGUCAACUAAAGACAGUGAACAACUAUUACUUACUCAGUUUGGCUUUUGCAGAUCUCAUUAUUGGAGUGUUUUCCAUGAACCUCUACACUUCUUAUAUUCUGAUGGGAUAUUGGUCUCUGGGACACAUAGCCUGUGAUCUCUGGUUAGCUCUGGACUAUGUGGCAAGCAAUGCAUCAGUAAUGAAUUUACUGGUGAUUAGUUUUGAUAGGUAUUUCUCAGUUACACGGCCACUUACUUACAGAGCAAAGCGAACACCAAAACGUGCAGGUAUUAUGAUUGGCAUGGCAUGGCUGGUAUCCUUCAUCUUAUGGGCCCCUCCAAUUCUGUGUUGGCAGUAUUUUGUGGGUGAGAGGACAGUUCCUCCCGACCAGUGCUACAUUCAGUUCUUCUCAGAACCAGUAAUUACAUUUGGUACAGCCAUAGCAGCUUUUUACAUUCCAAUCUCCAUCAUGACAAUUUUAUACUGCAGAAUCUACAAGGAGACAGAGAAACGCACAAAAGACUUAGCUGAGCUACAAGGGCUCACAUCUGUGAAUAGCCAUGAAAAACAAAAGUCACAAAAUCAAAGCUCUUGCUUUGCCUUCCGCAGUGUUAUGAACAGAAAGCAUGUUGGGGACAGAACCUCAUGGUCUUCAUUGAACCACAGUAAUGUAACCAAGACAACUACACAGUCUGAAGACAUGUGGACAAAGUCAGACCACAUGACAUCUUUCAACAGUUACACAUCCUCCGAAGAUGAGGAGAGGCCCAUUUCUGAAGCAACGUCACAAGAAUCCUACAAAAACCAGGAACCAGAGCCAAAUGAGCCGUCAACCUGUUACGAAGAAAGCCACAAUUUCAAUAAUGCUCUUAAGUAUUGUUCACAAAAGAACCAUAAGAAAUGCAUCUCAUACAAGUUUAAGCCAAUUCUGAAGCCCAUUAGUCCCCAGAAAGGUAAUAGUGAGGCUGAGAGGUCAUCACAUCCUUGCUCCUCAUCAGAACAGUUGGCACUUUCGUCUCCCUCUUCUUCAACCAAGCCUAUGGAUCCAAAUCUCAAGAAUCAGAUCACCAAACGGAAAAGAAUGGUUCUUGUCAAAGAGAAGAAGGCAGCUCAGACUCUGAGUGCCAUUCUCCUGGCCUUCAUCCUUACCUGGACUCCAUAUAACAUCAUGGUGCUCAUCUCCACCUUCUGUUCUGAUUGCAUUCCUCUUUCACUCUGGCACCUAGGCUACUGGCUCUGCUAUGUCAACAGCACUAUCAAUCCUAUGUGCUAUGCCUUAUGUAACAAAACUUUCCAGAAGACUUUUCGAAUGUUACUUUUCUGCAAGUGGAAGAAGAGUCGUGGGCAGGAGAAACUGCACUGGUGUGGGCCAAAGCCAGCAAUGACUAGCAAAUUAACAUAGCAAGCAGAGGCCAG